GGAGACACGCGCUUCUGCGCAGCACAGCAGACGGACAGCAGCCCGCCGUCACCGCAACCGUUUACCUUCCUCUGCUUUGCCAAAAAAAUAAAAGUCACAAAGUUUCGGAUUGAAACGAUAAGGAAAUCAAUCCUGCUUAUUUGUUUUAAGAAGCGCCGUGCCAGGGUUUCGUUUGCCCCAAACUCUGACAAACUGACAGUUUUGACAGCGCGUGCCCAGAUUCAAACCGUGUCUGCUCGCCACCGCCGCCUCGCAGAGGAAAACCGAUCUUUUUCGCCGCCAACGCGAUUACGCUGCUCAGCAAAUAGUGGCAAGAAGUCUGAAACCACAUGUGCUCGUCUCCAAGCUGGAGAGACGCGGUUUCGUUUGUCUUCAGAGAGGAAAAGAGUUGGCUUUGAGCCGCGCUGACAGACACAAGGGAAGGAAGGACGGUCUCGUGAGAGAGCUGGAGAAGAGCAUCGGAAACCCACGCGGUGCGUAAUAUUCACGUUUCUUCUCGGCGCUGCUGCAAACAGUUUAAAUAAACGAGGGGAAAAUGUAGUCUUUGCGGAUGGUUAUCAGUAUAGCCACUUUAGACGCUAACCGUUGCCGGUGAAUGGCUCUUUAAACGCGGCGAAGGGGGCGGUAGUUGUGGAGUAUACGGCAAUGCCAAGUUGAAGGGUCUCGACAUUGUCAGUAUUAAUAAACGCCGAAGUGCACGGCACCGUCUGUUUAACAUUUAUGGGCUCGUGGAUAUUUUCUAGACAUCCCCUGUUAUCAAAAAGUUGAGGGAAAUGCUGAAUGAAGAUGGCGUUUUGACUGGGAUAUUCACGUAAACCGCAGACGCGAGCGCUGCCAGUCACCUGCUCACAAAGGUAAACGCACCUUUACGCUUAAACGCCGUUCAAAAUGAUGACCAACGGACCCAACAUCGUCUACGAAUGGCUGAAAACCCUUCAGCUGUGUCAGUACGUCGAGGCUUUUGUGGAUAACGGAUACGACGACUUGGAAGUUUGCAAACAAAUCGGAGACCCGGACUUGGAUGCCAUCGGUGUGUUCAUUCCGCACCACCGCCAGCGGAUUCACGAUGCCGUGCAAAGGUUGAGAGAUCACGAAAAGGAGACCGCCACCGGGCUUUAUUUCACCCUGGAGCCGGUGCCCCCGGUCUCACCUAUAUACACGAGUCGAAUGGUAGAGCAAUGCGAGUCUAGGCUGCGGGGCUCCAGGUCAUGGACCGAACAGAGCAGCGAUAGAGCGGCACGCAGCGUGGGGUACAUGGGGGCGUCCAGGAAUCUGACGCUGGGGAACCGCAAGGAGCUGGAAGUCUACCCAAAACUGAAGCUGAAGAUCAUGAUCAGGGAUAAACUCAUUCGGGACGGGAUAAACCUUGCCAAGCAGCCAUACUCUAAUAAGAAGUCAGCUGUGGUCUGUCCCUUGUGGUUGAGGCCAGGAGCAGAUCUGUCCAACUCGCAUUCAAACACGCAGGAUGGCUCUCUGGGUAAUAUAGAUGACCUGGCACAAGAGUACUCGGAGUACUACAACACAUACUUCAGCGACGUUAGCGAUCGAAUGGAGGAACUACGUAAGCGACAAGUGUCUCAAGAGCUAGACAUGGAAAAAGCAGACACCAGCUUCAACUCUUCACAGCUACGCUCAGACAUCCAGGAAUCGUUCGGCAUCAGCAGUGAGGUGUCCACUCCAGAGACUGAGAGAAAAAUUCCUCUGCACAAAUCCAGCUCUGAAGAUGGAUCAGGAAAGUGGGACAACAAGAAAAAAAACAAAUCCUUCUGGCAGAACUUUCGAAAGUCACAGAAAGGGGUCACAAGGCAAACGUCAAAAGGAGAGGACAUUGGCUAUGUGGCCAGUGAGAUCACUAUGAGUGAUGAAGAACGGAUCCAGCUAAUGAUGAUGGUGAAAGAGAAGAUGAUUACAGUGGAGGAGGCACUGGCACGGUUAAAGGAAUAUGAGAGGAACAGACAGUUGAGCAGCAGUACAGACACAGCAGAGUGGACUGAUGGAUCCAGUCCCCCUGUUAACCUCUCCUCCGUCUACAAUUCUGUGGAGCAGUCAGAUGAUGAGCAGGAGGACUCAGUGAAAUUCAAGAGGCUUCACAAGCUGGUCAACUCGACUCGACGUGUUCGCAAGAAGCUAAUUAAAGUGGAUGACAGCAAAAGACAUGGCUCACAAGAUUCACUCAGUCUGGAUGCAGCUCCCUUAUGUGAUGACAUAAAUGCUCUGUAUGCAGAAAUCCACAAGAAGCCAGCCCAGUGCACAGACUCUUCUUUGUCCUCUCUUGCCCAAGAGCAGCUCUCUCUGGAUGGGGACACGGACAGCCUAACCACCUCGCCUUCCACCAGUAGCCUUGAUGCCUGGAAACCUGCUCACAAAUUAGUGAAGACCCCCGGCACACAUCCCCACGGCCUGAUCCGCCCUCCGCGGAAGAGUAGUGCUGGAUCUGGACUGGGUGUAGUGGGGGGUAGUGGCUCCUCUUUCUCCGAAUUGGAGGGUUUGGGAGACGACAAUGCUAAAGUCUCCCGCUCGGCUACAGACGGAGAGAUGAGGAAGGCCUUGUCAUCUCUAUCACAUGGGGUAAGUACCGACAGCGUCUACGCUUUUUAUGGCCUCACUAGGCCCCGCCCAAAGCCGCACCCCCUUCUGGUGUCUUUAGAUGACAUUAACAGCACCAAACGGCCACCGGUCUCCGUGUGGCAGCGCAAUAAGCCUGACCCAAACUACGCAUACUCCACCAAGCACCUGCUCUACCAACGUUCCUGCAACACUCAGAAAACCAUCGCUCCCUCUUCCACCUUGCCCCCUUCCCCACCCACCCGUGAGCUUCCACUGGCCAGGGAGAAGGGAAAGAGCUGUGGGAGUGGAGUAGUGGGCAGCUGGCUGUUUCCACCGAGGCGCCUGAAGGGAAGGACAGCGGUUAGUGAGCUCAACAUCACCUACGUGGUGGAACGCAGCCUGUAUGGCCACUUGAACUGGACUGGGCUGGUUAGGCCCGUCACGCUGAGCAAAGCAGACAGACGUUGGCUCCUAGAAGACGAAAGAGAUGCGAACAGGAAGUGGGCAUCAAGCAUGGAUCGUUGCACCAAGCGAGUUCUCUUACGCAUCCAGCAGAAGUCUAGAACGUGUAGCUUUGGAGGAUUUGACCUGUCUAAUCGUUCUCUCCAUGUGGUCAACACGACCGAGCCUAGUGAGCAGGAGGCUCUGUACAGGGACUCUGUGAAAUCUCCCACCACAUCCCGUAUCUCUCUAGGAAAGAAAGUCAAGUCUGUAAAAGAGACUAUGAGGAAACGCAUGUCAAAGAAAUAUGCCGGGUCUCUCUCUGAACAGUCAAGUCCAGAUGGAACACCCAGUUGUCCUCAGUCUCCUCAGCCAGACACGGACUCUUUAGAGAAGCCCAAACUCAAGGCAGGAGGGUCUGUAGAGAGUCUGCGCAGUUCCCUCAGUGGGCAGAGCUCCAUGAGUGGACAGACGGUGAGCACCACAGACUCAUCGGCCAGCAACAGAGAGAGUGUGAGGAGUGAGGAUGGUGAUGAUGAAGAGCCUCCGUACAGAGGCCCUUUCUGCGGCAGAGCUAGAGUUCACACUGACUUCACACCCAGUCCAUAUGAUACAGACUCACUUAAACUUAAGAGAGGAGAUGUGAUUGAUAUCAUCAGCAAGCCGCCCAUGGGCACAUGGAUGGGUCUGCUCAAUAACAAGGUGGGCACAUUUAAGUUCAUUUAUGUGGAUGUGCUGGCUGAAGAAGAGGAGAAGCCCAAACGAGCGGUUCGGAGGAGGAGGAAGGGCAGGCCGCCCAAACCUAACUCAGUCGAGGAGCUUCUGGAGAGAAUCAACCUGAAGGAGCACAUGCCUACAUUCCUGUUUAACGGGUAUGAGGACCUGGACACGUUUAAGCUACUAGAGGAAGAAGAUCUGGAUGAGCUCAACAUCAAAGAUCCUCAACACCGUGCUGUACUGAUGACCGCUGUAGAGCUACUGCAGGAUUACGACAGCAGCAGUGAUCCGGAGCGCAGCGCCCUCUCUGGCUCUCAGGAGAAACUCCUCUGUGAGGGGCGUGGCCUCAUGGCUGACUCCCCACGGGACUCUGGUUGCUACGAAAGCAAUGAAAACCUAGAGAAUGGUAAGAGCCGCAAGGCCUCACGCCACAGCCGUGGUUCAUCUGGAUUUGAUUGUGGGGGUGUAAAGUCUCCAGACUAUCCCACUCUUCCCAUGACUCACUCCACUGAAGCUCUUCAGCAGCAGGCCAAGAAGGACCGCAAGUUCCCAAAGACCUUUCUGCAACGGCCUAUAAAGGGCUUCAGUCUGCGAAGCCUCGGCCUCAAGAAGGGCUCCAAAGCAGGACAGACCUCCCGCAUACCGGUCAGCCGAAGCUGUGAGGAGUUGGACGGUCCCCAAGAGACCCCUGAGUCUUGGAAGCGCUCGCAUUCUCUGGGGGAUAUACACUGGGAGCAGGCUUUCGAUCAGAGGAAGGACCAGAGUUGCAGUGAGGAUAAAGGCAGGCCAGAGAGCAAAAAAAAAGAAAAAGCCGGUCUUGUAGAAUUAAAACUGGACCAGAGUGGCGAUAAGGCUGGAAGAGAGACAGGUUUACUGCAGAGACCUAUGGUUCCCACACAGCUUCCUCUCAGCCCGGUCGGUCUAUUUCCUGCCGCUCAGACCUUGAACCGCCAACCGGUUUCUGCCCCAACUAGCCCUGCUCCACGGACUCACCCUAAAAAGCCACCUGUCCCACCUCCUGUGCCUGCUAAAAAGUCCAAAGAACGUCUGCCGAACGGUCUGCGCCAUCCUCCGCUAGUGCUGUCCGGUUCGGUGCCAAAUACACCAAUUCUACCCCCAAAACCCAUUUACACCCCAACCACUCCCUCUGAGACUUCCCCGUCAACCCCAUUAUCACCAGGUGAAUCUGCAGCGGCUCUGAGUCCACCCUGGCUGUCUGACCUACCUGAAUCAGCAUGUCCUCAGAUUCAUGGAACUAAAGUCGCCCUCAGCAGGAAGAUCUCCCAUGCCAAAAUGACUGACCUAGAGACUCUGCUGGAGGACAGGAUGCACUUGGAAGGCAUUGAUCUCACCGAAGAGCCGUAUUCUGAUAAACACGGCCGCUGUGGUAUUCCUCAGCUCUUGGUACAGAGGUACUCAGAGGACUUUCAGCAGCCAGUGAAGGACGUGGCGUCCAGUCUGGAUCAGAUCAGAGUUAAACAACUCCGCAAGGAGCACCGCAUGGCUAUUCCCUCAGGAGGUUUGACUGACAUGUGUCGGAAGCCAGUGUCUCCUGUUCACGUGAGCUCAGUGUCUGAUUGGCUCGUGUCGAUUGGAAUGCCCAUGUAUUCUGCCCCCCUAUUGGCUGCAGGCUUUGACACGCUGGAUCAUGUGUCAUCCUUAAAUGAGGUGAAAGCGAGGGAAGCAGGCUUGAAGGAGGACCAUCACAUACGUAUUCUCCUCAGUGAAGCCCAGCUUGUCACAUCCAGCAGCUCAGGACAGUCAUAAUACUAACACGAGCAGUUAAGGACUUGAUUAAUUUGAUCAAAUUUUGCUGGUAAAUGGACAGACCUGGACAACAGCUGCCGAAUUUUCUCCCACCUUUCUGUCUUAUAAUCUCAGCCUUUUGGCAUUUUCAGAAAUGACUGAUCUGGCUUCUAAGGACUGUUAUUGUGGGCCUAUCAACAGAUGUUUCCAUAGAAACAUCUAGUUUUGGCCUGAAACAUCUGCCUGUCGAAAGAAAGCACACUUUUUUUCUGAGAAUUUAUGCUUUUGUAUGAAUAUAAAGACCGUUCUGAAUCCUUUUUCAGGAAGUGUAAGAUUUAUUUAGAAAAAAAAAACUGUAAAAGAAAAGUUUUUAGUGCUUAUUGAAGCACACGAGUAUCACGAGUAUGUCACCUGGCCAAAGCAAUGUCAUUUCAUGCAGGUUUGUUAAUAUAAAACUACUUUAUCUCUCAAAGCAUACAGUAUGUAUAUGAAAAGAUGUGUACUCUUGGGUAAGUCAUUCCCGAAAGCAUGAUGUUGCCAUAUGGGGAUAUUCAGAGCAAUGCAUAUUUUGAUUUCAGGCCAAUAGCUGGCCUCGGUUUUAGCAAAUAUGUACUAUGUUUGUAAUGUUUCGUUUGUUUCUUUCUUCAAGGUUACAUUUUAGCAUCACUCCUUAUAAUCUGCUUAAUAUAAUACUGUAUAUUCCCCGCACAUUUAAUCUUCCAGUCUUCUAAACACACAAUAUUCAGAACGCAUCACUUACUCGGCUGUUGCGGCAUAUCAGUUUAUUACUGUAUCAGCUGUAUCAGUUUAUGUUGCCUGUUAUCUUGUUACUCUUGCAUAUUGUGUACCUCUGAUCGUACUCAGCAUUGAUGGCAGUGAUGCAUAACACAGCUGUAAUAUGCUUGCUGGAGUGAAAUGUGUACAGGUGUUUUAUUUUCUUUUGUCCCAGAUUGCCUUGCACUUUGACUUGGGCGUUGAAGACAUUUUGAAUCGUAGGAAUAAACUUGAGCUCUUAAAGCACACAGUCUUAGCCUUAAAAUACAACUAAAUCAAAACUGAUAUGAACUAACUUAGAGGAGUGUUCUAGUUACAUUAGCGAACUGGUGCUUAACCCAAAAGUGUUCGACAUUGGGAAGAUGAAAUGUCCAAUGAAGCAUUGUUUAUUUUUGUCAUUCAGAACACAAUGACAAUGUGUUUCAGGAAGAAUAAGGUGUUAGGGACUUAACUCUCCUUACACACAUCUGGUGAUUCUCUUACAGUGUGUAAAGACUGAAAACUGAGCGUGAAGCGCAACAUUAGCUUACGUCACUUGGGCAUUAGCAUGACGUCAUCACUGCUCACAGAUCGAAAGCAUUACAUCAAUCCAAGUUAAGCACAAUGAAACGAGUUUCUCCCACAAUCACUCUCAGGCUGCAAAUCCUUUGGUUUUCCAUUUACAAGACGACACCAUUAAUGCUUCCCUAAGGCCUUGCGGUUUCUAGGGAAUAGUUUUUUUGAAAGGUUGCUUUAGAACUGUGUUUCUCCCUCAUGCCAUUCACUCUUUUGUAUCUAACGCAGCACAAUUUAUAGGCCGCAAUGCUCGAGGUUUUAAUGAACGUUUUAAGCAGUAGAGGAUCGAUCGAGUCUUUUUGUAUCAGAAUGGAUGCCUUCAAAUUGCUAUCAGUUGAGUGCUUUGAUAACAAUGAGGCUUUUUAUGUGAUAAAAAUCGAAAAAAUAUAUUUCAUGAAAUGUUACUGUAAAAAUGCACUUUAUGGAAGAAUGAAAGUUUUUUUAAUUCCAUUGUGGAGAAAAUGAGAUUACAAAUUGACACAUUUGCAGUUUUUUUUUAAAAGACGUUUGUUUUCAGGUCAGAUGUUGAUGGUUGAGGUGAGCUGUUUAAAUAUCAAAUCUCUGUUAAAAAAAAAGAAUUAUAAUCACUUUUUAAUUAAUUAAAGAACUAACCAUGACCAGUUAAUUAUUUCAACUUAAAUGCUAUAAAACUUGGUCUUAAUUACAUAUAUGAAAUGAUUAACUGAGGUUGCACAUUCUGUAUAUGUAAUUGAUAUUUAAAUAACUUAUUUUUGCUUUUACAUCAAAUGUAAUUAUUAGCUGUACUAUACAUCAUAGAGCAAUACUCUUUCACCUAUAGUUAGUUAGUGACAUGCUCCAGUGACCAUUGUAAAAUAUAUGUAUAAAAAUGAUUUUAUCUGGUUUAAGUUCGCUAAUGAUUAUCUAUAAAGGUUUUGCUUGUGUAUUUACAAACAAAAAUGUCUUAAAAUAUUUGUCCCUUUGAGGUGUAAUAAAAAAAAGAAUAUCCUACACUGA